CGUGAUUAUAGUUUGAUCUUCUUGUAAAUUAGCGAAUGUCUCAAUCUAAAAAUCUAGUUGCCGAGGGUAUAAAUAUUAUUAUUUAUCAGAGAAUACGAGACGAGGGGAGUUAUUGCUCCAGUGAUUUGAAGAAUGCCGUCAAAAACGAAUGAAGGGCCCGACGACAGUCAGACUUGGGAAUUAUUGGAGAGGUGUAUAUUGCCAAUAGCAUUUUCACACGCUGCGGCUGUUAUUCUCGCGACAAUUUUCAAUACUCUCGGUAUAUCGCAGACAUCGAGUUUUCUACUAUUUCUUCUCUUCUUGUCCAUCUCCAUUGGCUUGACGUUAUUCUAUCAUAAUCUCAAGGUUACCGCUGCUGGCAAAGCCAUCCUCAUCACUGGAUGUGAUUCUAGAGUUGGAUAUGCCCUCGCCAAGCGUCUGGAUGAACUGGGUUUCACGGUAUUCGCUGGCUUUCAAAAUACCUCAGAGAAUGAAGAGAAAGUUCAAAGUCUGAAAGAGGCAGGUUCUGGAAGGCUUCACGUUCUUCAACUAGACAUAACGAGCGAGCUGGACAUCCACUCAACAUUUUUAUACGUCAAUGAAAACUUGCCGGAUGGUGCGCCAGGUUUAUGGGGACUCGUGCAUGCCAACGCGUGGGUUGCACUUGGUGAAUGCGAAUGGGUGCCCCUCUCCGUCGUCAAAAGAAGUGGAGAUAUUAAUUUUACUGGCGUUGCACGUUUAACUCAAGUAUUCCUACCCCUGGUGAGACGCUGCAAAGGUCGCAUUAUUCUUGUAUCGAGCAUUCUAGCUAGAAUACCGAGUGCUGUUCGUGGAAUUCAAUGCGCAAAUGGGGCUGCUCUGGAGGCGUGGGGCUCGUGUCUUCGCCUGGAAAUGCGACGCUGGGGAGUUGACGUUGUAAUAAUUGAAACGGGGGACUACGUAUCGGGCAACACGUGGUUAAAGGACAAUAUCACGAUCCUCAACCAAGCGAGGGAUAUGUGGGUGCAAUUGGAUCCUCAAACGCGUAAAGAGUACGGCGAAGAAUUAUUUCAAAAGGAAUUACUGGCAUUAGAGAAAUAUACAAAGGGUCCAGAAGCUGAUUUGACGUGUGUUCUCAGAGCUCUGACUGAUGGUAUUGUCAAGACAUUUCCAAUGAAACGAUACACUCCAGUAACUCGCAAGGAAAGACUUCAAGCUCUCGUCAGUGAUCAUUUUCCAAAGUCUAUUUAUGAUAUACUUUACACCGAGUAAAUUGUCGAUUCGUAAUUAGCCAGUACUUUCUCACAAAAGUAUUGAAAUCUCUUUCUGCCAGUGCGAAGCCUGCCUUAAAUAUAUCAAAUUCACCUUAUUCAUUUAUUCAUUCAACCCACCCUAAUCUAGUCGUUCAUUUUUGUCGGAUGAAGGAUUUAAUAAAAAAGAGAAAAUCUCA